AUAUCAUAUAAUGAAAUCCAGCGAUGAAAUGGGAAGAUUGGUUACUUUGACAUAAACAAUCUUGUGUGCGAGAGAUAGUGCAACAGAAAUGAAAUUUAGGAAAAGGAUAUUACCGAGAGUUGCAUCUGACUUGGGAGCUUUCUUAUUUGUUCUUUUCAUUAUUCCAGUGACGUACUGUUUCGAGUUAUUCAUUGUCUUGCCUGCUCUACAUUCCGUGUGGUCAUUUUGGUAUACACUACAUUUCAUUUGUGCUACGUAUGUAAUGGUAAACGUGACAAGCAAUUUUGUUGCUGUUGUUGUUGUGGACACUAGUCUGCAGAAUAUUGUAACAGCAUCCUCACAACCAGAGAAUUGGCGAUACUGCACCGAGUGUGAAACCGUUGCUCCUCCAAGAUCAUGGCACUGUGAUACAUGUAAAACAUGCAUUUUGAAGCGCGACCAUCACUGUAUGUUUACUGGUUGUUGUGUCGGUCAUUACAAUUAUAGAUAUUUCUAUAUGUUUCUUUUGUACGUGUUCAUUGGUACAUUUUAUUCCACUUAUCUUAACUGCUUUUACACAUGGAAAAACUUUGAACAUUUUUCUCUGUUAGGUAUAACGAAGUUUAUAUUUCCAAUGGCAAUGCUUGUUUUAGGCGUAGAUGCUACUGAAAAACAAGUAUGCUUAUUAAUAUUUAUAAUUAAUUUCGUUGGUGCAAUAUUUACAUUGGUUUUGUUGGUUCACCACACCAGCUUAGUGUGCAAGGGAAUGGUAACACAUGAAAAGAGCAAAAAUAUCACAUACUAUGAUAGUGGUCUGAAAAAAAACUUAUCUCAGACUUUUGGAAAGAGGUGGCAUAUAUCUUGGUUAUUUCCAUUUGUAGCGUCAGAAUUGCCAAAUGAUGGAACAGACUGGAAUGAUUUGCAGAAAACUGAUUGAUGGAAAUCUGUCACGUUCCUACUGGCAUAAUUAUCAAGGGAAGGAGUUCAUGAAUGUGUACAGUAUCUGUACAUUGUGGUUCACUGUUUGUUUUCUUCUAAAAAAACCAUCAAAAAUUUGUUUAAAACAGAUGGAGUUGUAUAUAUGUAUAAUGAGAAGCAACUGUAAAAUAUAUCAUUUACAUUAACUAUCUAUGGAUCUGUUUGUCAGUUGGGCAACCAAGAGAAUUUAUACACGAGAAGAGACCAAGUGUCACAAGAUUAACAGUUAACUAUUUCUGAACUUGAGAAAAAUUAGUUCACUUCUUCACCAUGUCAGAAUAUUUUAGGCCUGCCAGAAAUUAGCAUGGAUUGAAGCUAAUCUUUCAGUAAGACUUUAUGAUAAAAGAUUUUCUGGUGGUUUUGCAGACAGAAUUUUAAUCACAUUCUAAUCAGUUUUACCAUUAGUACGAAAAUUGUGUGUUAUAUUUUUGCUACUAAGAUAUUGUGAUGAUGAAUGCCUGAGCAUAUCUGUUAAAAGUGCAACUUUUAUUUCAAUCCUAAGGGAUCAAAGGAACUUUCACUGCCUUGUCAGACAUCAUUUAAUAGAGUUUAUAAAAUAAUUGUAUAAGAUAAUUGUUAUUUUUAGCUUGAUUGGAAAUGAAAAGAUUACUUGACAAUUUAUGUUUCCUUCCUUGCUGCAACUGGCAUUAAUUUCUUGUUCCACAAUUUCUCAAUUGUGGCUGCUAGAAAUUAUACACCACGUUUUCUUGUGCAACAUGGUUUAGUUAUGUAAUUAAAAUCAAGAGAAAGAACCUGGGGGAUUGGAGAAUAAUACUUGUCUAUUGUCUGACUAUUCUUCAAACAUUUUCAAAGUUUGGCAAAGCCAGAAGGUUACAAAAUAUUGUAGUAUCUGAA